GAGAGAGAGGGGGAGAGAGAGCGCGACCAUCCAGGAUUUCAGACCGCACGAAGUCGAACGAGCAACAGAAUGACGUCAGUAAAGCCAUUAUCCAUUCAAAAUGUACUGGAGACAGCUCGUGUCCAGUUCUGCACUAUGAAGACAUAUGUGAAGGACGGAAUUCCCUACAUUUUCAGCUGUUACGUCCCGGACUUUGAAGAAAUGUUUCGUCAGAUCUCUGACGCCAAGCUCAAGGAUGAUGACGUCUUUCUAUGUGGCUUCGCUCGUUCGGGGAACCACUGGCUGUCUGACAUACUGAGUAUGAUUCUCUCUCAAAAAGCGACAUUCACGGAAUAUCACUUCCACAGUCGUUUUCCGGAAUUAAUGGGGCUUGACGUGAACAAAAAGUUUCAGGCCAUCUCAGAACCGAGACUGUUUGUCAGCCAUCUCCACCCCAGCAGACUGCCUCGGGCUAUCCUGCAAAAACCAGUCAAGCUUGUGUACGUGUUGAGGAACCCCAAAGAUGCUCUGGCUUCAUGGUACAAAGUGGCCACAUCUCUCAGAACUGACGGUGAUUGCUUUUACGGCAGCUGGGAUGAGUUUUUUGAGCUACAGUUGACUGGCGAAUUUAGUUGGGGUUCCUGGUUCCAGCACGUCCUAGCAUGGGAGAAGUUUAUGAAAGAAAACCCGAGUGUGCCAGUUUUUGUGGUCCAGUUUGAGAAGCUUAAAGAACACCCCAAGGACGUCAUUGCUGAUCUGUGUCAUUUUCUGGGUCGACCAGACACUCUAACGGAGGAGAUUGCAACAGCCACCUCGUUCGAGAACAUGAAAAUUGGGACGAAGGAGAGAGAAAAAGAGGCAGACCAGAUCUUUUUGAAGGAUGGAAAGACUAUGGCAAUGGUCAGUGGCAAAACGCAGGGAUGGAAGAAAAGAUUCACAGUAGACCAGAGUGAGAGGUUUAACAAGUUCUUUGAAGAGGCACUAACUGGUAACGGUCUAGCAGACCGGGUGAAAGAUUACAUUAAUUAAUACUAAACUUAAUUUAUUAGCAACCUAGCUAUACCAUGUCAAUGUUGAUGCUACUUUGAUGUUCUGAUUGUCUGGAAUUUGUCAGACACACCUUAAGCCUCCCUUUGUGUUAUACCGGAUAUAAAAAGUUUUAAAAUAAUUGGUUGGGGAGUAUUCUGGAAAGGAGUAGGGAUGAUCAUAUCCAAAACAGCGUAAAAGACAUUCAGGGGCUGGUAAGCGCACGGUCCAAGGAUCAUCAUGGCCUCCUUUGGAACUAAAAAAGAACUCAAGGAAAGAAAUGGUUGGAAGAAGGUCAUAAGCAUGAACAUAAUACAAGUGUAUGCCCAAAUCAAUGAUGCAGAAGUGGAGAAUAAAGAUGACUUCUAAAACCGCCUGCAGAGUGUGAUAGACACACUUCCAGGUAAGGACAUCAACAUUUCCAUGGGAAACCUAAAUGCAAAGGCAGGUUCAGACAAUCGUCAGUGUGAGGAAAUCAUGGGCAGACAUGGAUUAGGAGAGGCAAAUGACAACAGAGACAGAUUUCAAAACUUCUGUGCAUUCAACAACUUGGUUAUUGGAGGAACAAUCUUCCCAUGUAAAAGAAUUCAUAAGGCCACUUGGGUCUCCCCGGAUGGAACAACGGAAAAACAGAUUGAUCAUUUUUGCAUAUCCCGAAAGUUUAGACGCUCUCUGUAGGACUUCUAAGUCUUACGAAGAGCAGACGUCGCAUCAGACCACCAUUCGAUCCUUGGAAAGAUGAAACUGGAACUGAGAAGAUGUGCAAAAGUGAAAACUGGAACUGAGAAGAUGUGCAAAAGUGAAAACUGGAACUGAGAAGAUGUGCAAAAGUGAAAACUGGAACUGAGAAGAUGUGCAAAAGUGAAAACUGGAACUGAGAAGAUGUGCAAAAGUGAAAACUGGAACUGAGAAGAUGUGCAAAAGUGAAAACUGGAACUGAGAAGAUGUGCAAAAAUGAAAACUGGAAGCCGGAAAAAGUAUGAAGCGAGCCUUAUGAAAGACCCAGUUAAGAAGAAUGGAUUCAAGAUGGAACUGAAGAACAGAUUUCAAGCCCUUCAAGAUCUGGAUGAAUGUGAAGUCAACGAACACUGGGAUAAGAUAAAAAAGAAGCAGUAAAUGCAACUUGCAAGAGCAUUCUAGGACCCAAAGUCAACACCAGAAAAGAAUGGAUUUUGCAGGACUCUUUAGACCAAAAAAAAAAGAGAACUGAAGGCCCAAGUCAACAACAGCCGUACCCGAACUGAGAAACUCGCAGCACAACAAGAGUACACCGAAAUAAACUAGGAGGUAAAAAAUUCCAUCUAGAAGGACAAUAUUACCUACCUGAAUUGCCUGGCCGAAAAGGCAGAGAAAACAGCAACAGGCGGACGCUUUGCGGAUUGUACAUCAGACAACAAAGACUCUUUCAGGUAGGUUCAGCUAGCCCACUCUACCAGUGAAAGACAAAGAGGGAAAGACUAUCUUCAACCCAGAGGGGCAACUGAACCGAUGGAUCACUUUGAUCAACUCUUGAACACCCCGCCUCCAGAAAACCUACCAGAAAUUCUUCCAGCCAGAAAUGACCUCCCAAUCACUAUGGAACCAUCUUCGAGAGAGGAAAUUGCUGCAGCUAUAACAGCACUGAAGUCCCACAAAGUAGUGGGUCCCGACCAUAUACCACCGGAAGCCCUUAAGACAGAUAAAGAUACAUCAGUGGGAAUUCUCUAUGCUCUACUCGAAAAAGGUUGGCUAGAGGAGGAAAUACCAUCAGACUGGAAGGAAGGCCACAUAAUAUCAAGCUGCCAAAGAAAGGGGACCUCAACA